CAUUUGCACCUCAGUGGUAUUCAGCAGAUAGCCAGGGCAGGAUGGGCCCAGCAAGCCUGGCACAGGCUGGAGCCAGCCACACCAUCCCAGUGACACCAGAGGCUCCCUGAAGUGGCUGGACCCCUCCUCACAGCCAGCCCCACCUGCCACUGUGGGUUGGCUCUCACAGCUCCCAGCCAGCAGAGCAAUGGGUGCUGGUGUGUGGGCAGUGCCAGGUGCCAAUCCCCAGCUGUUCAAGGCUGAGGUAGCUGAGUGUUUCCUGCCACAGUAGUGAAGAAGAGGGUGGUAUCCCUGUGAGAUGCUUGCAUCAUGUGUGUGUGAUGUGCCACCUUGCCCAGGUUGCUGAUGAUUGAGUGCAUAAGUCUCAUAAAGUAAGAAGGAACUGGUGGCCAGGUGCCUGCCUGUUCCAUGGAAAGAGAGAGCAGCGCCUGUGCAGUCACAAGAAGGUAAUGCCCAUCAUACUGGCUGCUGUAGUCAGGGUCCUGGGGAGAUAUCUCUCUUCACAGAGCAGCGAUACGCAGAAUGCCUCAUGCUGUCACCUCCAGCUCUGUUCACCUGUCUUACUGCAGAGGUGAGACCCACAGGUUGAUCCUGCCUCCUCUUCCAUGGGACAAGUGAGCUAGCUCUGCAUUGCGUGCUCCCAGACCUCACACCAGGCUCUGUGGACAUCUGAUUGCCUUGUCCUGUCCUGUCCAGGACAAAAUCUGGGUACCAGUACUCCAUUAGAGGGAAAGUAUAUUUUUGAGGAAAAUACUAUAUGAAAAGGUACACAUCAGCUGAAUGUCCAGGCUACAUCCUUUCCUUUCAAACAAAGCAAUCCUAGAACAAAAAGAGAAUCGUGCUGGGGCUGUGAGUUAAUGAUGUGACACUUAAGAGAUUUGGGUCCUUUGGACCUCAAAAUGAAACCAAAUAACCUGAGCUGUUUAAGACAAAGAUUGAUAAAUGAUUAAUAGGAUGGUGUGCAAGGGGUCUGUUGGGCCAGCUGGACUUUACAGCAUGAUGCUGCUGCAUUGUUAUGCUGUUAUUACUUAUGAAUAGGUCUCAUUUUUUAGAGAAAGCUGCUCCUUUCAAAUCCCUCUCCCUUCGUGGACACCUUUCCCUUAAGGGUCCCUCCAGAGAUUUCUGUUAACAUGCAAAUAAUCUACAGUGACUAACAGUGUUCUGUUUCCUCUAAGCCCAAUGUCAUUUGACCAGCGGCCAGAGACAUACCUUAUGUAAAUACCUUACAGAUCUCAAGACACUUAGGCCUGUCAAGGCCACUUCCUCUAUUGCUAUCUUUUGCAAACAUACCUCUGCCCGUUGACCACAACUAAGUUUUCGCUGUUGUGAUAGCAAACUAACAUUAAAACACAAAUAUGAUGGAAUCAUUCUCCAGGCAUCAUAAUCACAGAUGCUUUGCUUCAUGAUGAGGGUGUAGCUUGUAGCACUCUGCCAGCCAUACAAACAAGCCUAAGCUGGCAUCCGCAGGUUCUUUGUGCCAAUGAAGGCCCCUUCAGCAGUGAGACCAAGGAGAAAACUAAAACAAAUAUCUCGAGCUGCUCUUCCUCAGAUACCCAGACAAGAUUGGCAGUGCUUUGGUAGAAUCCUCCCAGUACGUUUAUAGCUGACACAUGUCUUAGCUGGUGAGCAUGAGCUUUAUUUCCUGGGUCAGGCUUACAAUGUGCUUCUGCUCUUUUCUGCACUGUCUGAGCUGGUCAUGUUUAGGAGGAACAUGACCUCAAACAGAGACCUAGGCAGUAAGACAACCUAGUGCUUUCUUGGGAAAGGAAAGAACUUCUCAGCUCUUCCAGGUGCUUUAGGAGUGUGGAUGCAACCUGGACCCUGGCCAUCACCUCACUCACUGUCUCCCCCAGCAGCCCUGACUGCCCCUACAUGGGACUGCUGGGGAGGAGAGGCUGAGUGGAGAACUCAUUGCUGUCUACAACUACCUGAAAGAAGGUUGUUGCAAGGUCCCUUGCAACCAUGAUGAAAUCUAGAUGGGUGCAGGUACUCCUGAUUCUGGCAGUUCUGUCCUUCAUGAUUCACUUUGACUUCCUAACCUGCAGCAAUGCCCCCAUGGAAGAAAAGCCUUCUCCAGUCCACAUCCUCAUUCUCUCCUCCUGGCGGUCAGGAUCUUCCUUCACUGGACAGAUCUUCAGCCAGCACCCCAGUGUCUUCUACCUGAUGGAGCCUGCAUGGCAUGUGUGGGUUGCUAUGUACCAGAACAGUGCCAAAGUCUUACAGAUGGCAGUGCGGGACCUAGUCAGAUCAGUCUUUCUUUGUGACAUGUCUGUGUUUGAUGCCUACAUGUCAAGCCAGAAGAAAAAGUCUGAUUUAUUUCAGUGGGAGACAAGCCGAGCCUUGUGCUCUCCCCCUGCCUGCGACUCAUUCAGUCGCAAUGACAUAAUCACUGCAAGAAACUGCAGGACAGUCUGUGGCAAGUACCCAUUCAGUAAAGUGGAGGAAGCCUGUAAAACCUACAGCCAUGUUGCCAUCAAGGAGGUUCGGUUCUUUGACCUGAAAGUCCUCUACUCCCUUUUCACUGAUCCAUCCCUGAACCUCAAAGUCAUUCACUUGGUCCGGGAUCCUCGAGCUGUGUUCAGGUCCCGAGAGAAUACAGUGAUAGGCCUGAAACGUGACAAUGACAUUGUUCUGGGGUCCCAGAAGAUGAAGGAAGAAAUGGGACCCUACAAUGCUAUGCAAGAAAUCUGCAAAAGCCAUGUUGAGAUUUACAAGGCAGGCAGGCAGGCUAUUCCCAGCUUCCUGAAAGACCGUUACCUGCUGGUUCGUUAUGAAGACAUCGUCAGAGACCCACUAGCAAAGGCUGCUCAGAUGUACAGGUUUGCAGAACUCCAUUUCACACCAGAACUUCAGAAAUGGGUGCACAACAUUACCCAUGGGAAGGGGCAAGGAGGACAGGCCUUUGAGAUUGGAUCCAGAGAUGCACUGAGCGUAUCUGAGGCCUGGAGGAAGACCCUUCCCUUCCAGAAAAUAGAAAAAGUGCAAAAUGUGUGCAAGGACGCAAUGGACUUACUGGGCUACCGGCUAGUUCAUUCCGAAGAAGAACAGAAAAACCUGCUGCUGGAUCUUUUGUUUGGCCAGAACUCCUCCAAGUAACAAAUUCAAAAGGCAGAGAAGUUGCUUGUUUUACCUCCUCUCUGAAGGCUGCAAGGUGGAGAACUGUUUACCAGUGCAAAAGAAGGCAGAGGGGCAUCUGUGUGUGUGCAUGUGAUGAGUGACACAGGAGCCCUGACUGCACUCCUGGCAGCUUUCCCAGCAGCACAGGCUCACUCUUCAAGGCCACAACACAGGAUGGAGUAAUGCAAGUCUGUUUUUCCAAAUUAAGUCCAGGGUAUAUGUGAAAGAGGAAGUAUGUAUGUUGGGAGCAGAUAUCAGAGCUUGAUCUCCCACAGACUGCAGCUAAGUACUAGUGAAAUCACGUGAAGCAACUGCACUGUAGAGGAAGAGGAGACAAACAGAAGCUGAAUAAAGAGAACAUUCUUUGUCAUGCUGCCACUCAGGACAUACAAUGCCAAAAUAGGCACAAAGAUAACCAGACGUUGUUUUCUGGGAAGAUCCUUUUUUUCAGAAUGGCUAAGUUUUCAAGUUCAGUCUUUCUUUUGUUCCAUUUCCAUGCCUGAGCAUCCAGCACUGGUGGUAAUGUUGGCAAAAUGUCUGUGUUCACUUACUGUGGAAUAGGAAAUUUGAAUAAACCAUCUAUAGCUGAAAGUGGAAAUUCUUAGGUUUUUGUAUGGGAAUCCAUUACUGGGACUAUGUGAAUCCAUUUAUUUUUCAGCUGAAAUAAUUCUGUAUCCAGCUUUCACAACUAGGAACAGUUCUUGCCCUGGGAAUUCUCACAGCCCACAUGUGUGACUGAGAAGAAUUCAUGCUAAUGCUGAGACUGUAAAGACAAGGUAAGGACACAGAUUCCAUUGGUGUAAAUACUGGAACUGACAACAUAGGUUCAUGGCAGUGGAUUGAAAAAGCUGAGAGGAGAACAGGAAGCUAUUCUAUUGAAUUUGUUUCAACACAUUAUUUCCUGUCUUAGAGCACAAUAAACUUAUGCUUAGUAUACUGUGCCA